AUGAGUUUGUUGGUUCGCAUUAGCCUAAGCUCAUGUCUGCCUGUGAACACCGUCGCUUUUCUAUCUAUCUAUCUAUCUAUCUAUCUAUCUAUCUAUCUAUCUAUCUAUCUAUCUCUCUUGGUCUUUUUUCUGUUCACUCUCUUUCACUCACUCUCUCUUACUUUCUUUUUUCCGCUCUCUCGGACUUCUUUCUCUCUCCGUUGCGCCCUUGCUCUCUUAGUCGCUCUCCCUGAAAAGUCUCUGUUGCGCUCUUGUCUUUAUCGCUCUUUCUCUCUCGCCCUCUCUCACUUUUGGUGUCUUUAUCACUCUCUCUCUCUCUCCCCCUCUAUCUUUCUCACUGUCACCUUGCUCGCUUUGUCGCUAAUCCUCUCUCUCUCUCUCUCUCUCUAUCUAUCUAUCUAUCUAUCUAUCUAUCUAUCUAUCUAUCUCUAUCUUGUAAUCAUACUCUCUGUCACUCUCUCGACCUUCCCCUCUCUCUCCGUUGUGCUCUCUCUCUCUCUCUCUCUCUCUUUCUCAUUCUGUUGA